AUGAGCUUCAAGACUGUUGCACGAGCGACACCGACACUUGUUGUCCUGCUUCUUUUCAACCUGAAUCUGAGCUUCGCAGCACCCCCGGUUUUCGCCUACCCGCCGGGCACUGUUCAAAAUGCGAAGCGGAAUGUCACACAAGCGUUCAAAGAUGCCUUGACGCUUGCAAAGGUGGUCGCGAUAACCGCCACUGACUGUGACCCGGCGUUUCUGCGGUACUUCCAACCACAAGACUACACGUUCGUGCAGCGGGUAUUCAAGACGAUCGCGAAUAUGGACCUCUUCAUGGAAAUCAACGCGCAGGACAUCCCGCAGCUGCUGUCGGCCUCGGGCCCGGCCUCGACGUGGAACCCGGACUUCCUCGCCCUGUGCAUCGCCUACGGAGACAACCCGUUCAAUCCACCGGCAAGUGGCCACUCGUGCCUCGACAGCGGGGACAACGCGUACACCAUCUACGACACGAGCGCCGACGCGCGCUUCUCGGGCCUGAUCUCGCUGUGUCCCGGGAGCGGACUGUUCACGUACCGCCUCUCACUCAAAGACACGGAGAACCCGCCCGCGUGGGCCAGAGCCGGCGGCAUGCCAGACGGCACACCUCUGCCUGGGUUCGGGUGCGCCGGGCUCGGCGACCGUGACACGGCGUUCAUGAAGGUGAUGGGAUCGACGGUGCUGCACGAGCUUCUGCACUGGCCGUGGAUGUUCCUCAGCGUGCCGGACUAUGACAGGCUCAUCCCGGACCACGACCACCGCAUCUGGGACUACGACGGGCCCUGGGUCCCCGGCGGCGCCUACGGCCCGUACAACACCAUGCGCAUCAACCAGCUCCCCGCCGACCCGCGCACCGGAAAGUCCCAGUCCCUCCAGAACGCCGACAACUACGUCUGGUACGCCCUGUCGCGUUACUGGUCCUUCCGCUGCGGGCGCUCCUUCGGCCCCGCCCUGUCCGCCGCCGACGACCAGAAUCUGCCGACCAGGGCGAGGGGGCCGGGAGGAUAG